AUUCCCUUUAAAUUAUUAUAGAAAAUUUAAAUUUUCCUACUGAUUACAGAAAAUCUCCAGAUAUAGGAAAAUUUUCCUAUCAAUGGCAACUUUGUUUGACAGUGACGUUUACGUUUAAACAAACGUCAGACGUCAGGUGUCAGGUGAUUCAUUCUAAUAAAAAUAAACGAAAAUAAAAUUAAAAUAGUGAAUAUAAAGUAAAAAGUAACUUCAAAAAUGUUUUCUAGCGGUCCAAAUUAUCCCAAACUGAAGACAAAUCUUCGAUUGGCAAUGUCGAGGCUUAAAUUGCUCAUGAAAAAGAAAACGGAACUCACAGAAAAGGCUAGAAAAGAAAUAGCUGAUUACAUAGCUGCUGGUAAAACUGAAAGGGCUAAAAUAAGGGUAGAAUAUAUAAUAAGAGAGGAUUAUAUGGUAGAAGCACUAGAAGUUGUAGAAAUGUAUUGUGAUCUGCUUCUAGCUAGAUUUGGAUUGAUUUCUAAUAUGAAAGAGUUGGAUGAAGGUAUAUCAGAAGCUGUCGCUAGCCUCAUUUGGGUAGCCCCACGUCUCAUGGCUGAUAUACAGGAAAUAAAAGUUAUUGCUGACCUCUUAGCAACGAAAUAUGGCCCACAGUAUGCAGAGGCAUGUAGAAUUGAAUCUAUAGAGGCUGUAAGUGCAAAAUUGAAACACAAAUUGUCCAUUCAUGCCCCUCCAAAGCUGCUGGUAGAAAAAUAUAUGAUUGAAAUUGCUAAAUGUUAUAAUGUAGCUUAUGAGCCUGAUCCGCAAGUUAUGGCUAUGGAAAAAGGAAAUGACGCCAUGUUAAUAGAUUUGUCUUCCAAUAAUUUGGGAGGUGGUGGUGGAGGAGGAAUGCCCCAACCUCCUGGAUUCUUUGGAUAUCCAGCCCCUCCACCAUUACCAGCAAUGGGUAAUCCUGUACCAUUUGGUUAUCCACCCCCCAAAGGAAAAGAACUCAACGUUGAUCCAACAGCCCCACCUACACCUCCGGCAGCAUUUUCUUACAACAUUCCACCUAAUGUUGAUUUUAACAACGAUGGAAUUGAGAAUAAUUUGCCCACCUAUAAGCAUCUCUAUCCGAAUUUUAGUAAAAAGCAUGACCCAACAGACCCUCAAUCAUCUGAUGCUGAGAAAUCUGAUAAGGAGAACCCUAAAGAGUCGAACUUAGACGAUAAUCUCGAUGAGAAUAACGAUGACAAACCUAAGCCUGCUCCGAGGUUAAAGAUGAAUGAUAAAGUCUACGACUUACCAGAAUUACCGUCCGUGCCCAAUCUAGAUGUAAAAGAUCCUCAAGAAACCGGCAAAGAUGAUGACAUCGAUUUUGAUGACCUGACAAGGAGAUUUAACGAUUUAAAGAAGAAAUACUAGCAUAAUAAUUGUUCAAAUAUCUUGUAACCAAUAAAAAAAUCGAUAUGCUCCUAACCAAAAUGUGAUAAGCUUAUGCACUUUUUUUAAUCAUGUUUUGUUGUUUAUAACCUAAAACUUUUUAAUCUAUAUCGUUCAAAUGUUUAAUAUAUUAUAUGCUAUUGAUGCCGGAGGUAGGUCUAUUGAAAAUUUAAAUAGGAUAAAAAUGUUAUUUUUUUUUUGUAUUAUAGUAUUGAAACUAUGUAGUUUUCUUAUAUGCUUUUAUAAUGUACCUUUUUUUUUGGAAAUAUGUAUAUUUUUUAUUAUAGAGAAAGAAAAUAAAGCCAACUUU